AUGUCCUCCAAUGAUAAUCUCGUCGUCGUCGCUCCCCGUCCCGUCCGUCUCGCUGCUACCCACUUUCACCGUCCCCAUGCACGAUUCCUCUCAGACCGUGUCAAGAUCGCCGACUGCGAUGACAUUUCCGUCGAUAAGGAUCCGUCGCCACGCGCUUCCCCUCGGUCUGUGCUAACUACAGAAGCAUUAGAAGAGUUUUUAUCCAUCCUCAGACCAUCCUUCUUCCCCUCGGCGUCUCCCACUCUUCGCUCUUGUCGCUCAGCCAGCCUUCCCACCUUCCAGUAUGAUCGUUCAUUCACCUUUAGAGCCCGACAGCGUCUCGAGAAUGCCUCGCCAAAGACAGGCCAUCCUUUUGACGAUGUAGACACGCCGUUUUUGCACCACAACCGGAAUAGUUCUUCUACCACCCCUGAACUGACGGACCUCGAUAACUCCUUUGAUCACGAUCUUCUCGAUCCUCGCCUGGAAACUUCUGCGCAUUGGUUUCCAUAUGGCGUUUUAUCGUCUCCCAUCUCUCGCACACACACUCGCAACCCGUUUCUUAGGCAGGCAUCAGACUACCCCCCUGUGGCUGUCAGUCCUUUGUCCCCGGCCGCCAUUCCUCUCCCAUCCCCUUCUCCUGGGGAGAUGCUCUAA